CAGCUGUACAGGGACAAGGUCGCCUACGCGGAGACCGAGCGGGACAAGUACAAUUCGUUGUUACAUGCCGAGCUUCGUCGUCAGAUGCGGAACUCGAUGAAGAACCCCGGCUCGCUCACGCCCAAGAUCAACAACGAGAUCGCCAGCACGACCGCGGACCGUAUUUCAUCUGCGCGAGGGCCGAGCGACUCGCCACUCGAGCCGCCAUCGGAAGCGGGUUUGGAGAUGGAGCUGCAGAAGUGCAUCGAGGAGAUCAUCAUGUACAAGCUCGACAUCAAGGGCUACAAGAAGGACAUCAAGCGGGCGAACGCGGAGAUCCAAGGUCUACGCUCGGGAGGUCCGACGACACCUGACCCGGGCACAUUGUCCCGGAGCACGACAUCCCGGCAUCGCGCGACCGGCAGCGAAGGCCUGGGCAUCUCCGUCUCCGACAUCUCCGCCGCCCGGACCCCUUCCCUCCCAUCCUCCGCAAUCGACAACAACAAACCCCACUCGUUCCUCGGCCCCGCGACUCGCCGGCCCAGCGCCGCCAACGCCCUCUCCGCCCCCUCGAUGGCCCCGAACCACAACCCCUCCCGCGCCGCCCCCGAGACCCAGAAACAACUCCCCGCCCCUCCUCCGCCGCCGCCCACCGGCAGAUCCCCUCGCCCCGUCUCCCGCCAGCCCUCGUCCGCCAACACAUCGAUCAAGAUCGACCGCCACGAGUCCUCCUCCCACCGCACCCACUCGGACCCGACGACGGCCCCCUCGCGCUCCUCCACCAUCCUGAUGGGCGCGACCACCACCGCCGCCGCCGCUGCCGCCCACAACCUCAUGCUCCAGACCGCGGGCCAUCUCCCGCGCGGACGCAACUCGCUCCCGCCACGGCCUUUCGCCGAGACCCUCUCGCCGCGCCGGCUGGAGAAAUCGACGACGGCGGCGGAUGCUUUGAUCGCCGCCGCCGCCGCCGCCCCUCCUCCUCCUCGUGUCGUCAAGGAAGGACAUUUCUGAAAGACCGCGCGAGGCGGCUCCUUUCCCUCUGGCCCUUUACUUUGUCGUCGUCACCGCGAUUCCGUUUGUUUGUUUGUUUGUUUGUCUCGGUGGGGGCAGGGAGGGAAAAGCGGUAUGUCGUCUGCCCGAACGGGGACACUCGACCCGUAUUUUGACGAAUUUUCACGAACAUGACAUUGUUAUCGACCCUCCCAUCUUCUAUGUAUCUAGACUGGUUUCCUCUCUGUGUUUUUAGUUCUUUCUUGUUUCUUUGUUGUUGUUGUCCAGCGAGCGAGCGAUGCGAAGCGAUAUCCCCCCCCCCCCCCCC